CCAACGACAAGUUUGAAUCACGUCUAUUCAGUUCAGCGCCGCAGUUUACCAUCAAAUCCCAGCCUUCUGAAACCUUUACAAUCACUCGAGCGACAAAGACAUGGCCGAGGGAGCUAUAGUCGAUGCUCACUAUGACAGAAUUAAGGAAUUGGAAGCCCGGAACGCAAAGUUAGAAGCCGCUCAGAAGGAGAAAAGAGAAAAACUGGCCCAGCUCGUAGCAAAGGCGGAAGCCCAUCUCAAGGAGCAAAUGAAAAAACGGGCAGAGGCCGAAGCAAAGAUGGAAGCCGAAAAUAAUGAAGAAAAAUAACCCGCGUACUCAGUCGCAAGCAGACCAUUUAUACGCAAAAUGGUGUUGGGGUUACUAAGCCCACUGCUUCAACCUGAGCCGUUAGCCAGAAGUGUCGAACACGGUCAGGCUACUC